AUGGACCAAGGUACGCGCAAAGAGACAGAGCGGCUGACCUUGGAACUGCUAUUGGAAGACGUGAAUGGCAAUAUCCACAGGCUCGGAGAACAGCCAUUGCCGAAGGAUACAACUCAACCGGCUUACAGGCUAGAAGAACUAGAGCCUGACAGGAGAGUGGCACUUCAUAUAUGGAAGUCCGAAAUCGAAAGACAAAGGGUCAAAUCGAGUUACUUCCAGAUGGCUAAAGCUCUAUCGCCAGGAAGAGAGGCGAAAGAGAUACAAUUUCCCAAGGGAACGAAAAUAUUUGCCAAACAUACCUCCACCGCUAUUCAGAAGCUGGUUCGCUUUUUCAAGAACCUCAUGCGUUCUAUCAAAGCCCUGAUUCCCGCCCACUCCUCCCAGCCCCAGGUCUGCAGCUCCUGUAGAGAAGUCCACAGCGAAAUCUUCAAAACACAGUGCUCCCACUUCUAUUGCAAGAAUUGCUUGAUCCGCAUGGUCACGAAAUCUUUAGUAGAUGAAUCCUUGUUCCCUCUACAAUGCUGCCACAAGCAAAUCGAAGGCUCGGACAUGAAGAAAAUGAUAGGGUCCGCAUUGGCCCAAGAACAAAAGAAGAGGCAAACCGAGCUCAGCGAUCCAGACAGAACCUACUGUUCAGAUUUCGCAUGCUCUCGAUAUAUCUCGCCAGCAAAGAGAUUUUGGCCAGAUUUAAUCUUUAAACCGGUUUUAACCUGCAAGUGUGGUGUACGCACGUGCAGGGUAUGCAAGAAGAGUGCUCAUGAGGGCAAGUGUGUACCUCAGCUAGACAGGUUGAUGGAGAAAUUGGUGAACAAGAAGAGUUGGAAGCGGUGUACUAAAUGCAGCCGUGUGAUUGAGCUUAAAGAGGGCUUUGUAUUUGCAGAGCCCAAUGGUGCUACCACUGCGGGAAGAAAUGGAAGACUUGCGACUAAUAUGGGCACGACCAUUUCAAUGGGACUAGGGCUAGAAGCAGAAGAUCACUUGGCUAAGUAUAAGAAGAAAAGACCUUCCUCCAAUUCAUUCUCUGUCGAGAUUCGGCAACCUGGCAAUUCCAUUGAAAAUGCCAUCAACUUGACCGACACCCCCAAAGUUGAGAUUUGGCGUGAAUGUGUCUCCUGCCGGGACGAUCAUCUCCAAGACGAUAUGCUCAAGACGAAGUGCUCGCACUUCUAUUGUAAGGGUUGUUUGGUCCGCCUAUUCAAAAAUGCUUUGCGUGAUGAAUCCUUAUUCCCUCCUCGAUGCUGCCGCAAUCCAAUUACGGCCUCGAAGACGAUUCUCGGAUCCGCAUUGGUUCAACAGCACAAAGACAAGGUGAUUGAGCUCAAUGACCCCGACAGGACAUAUUGUUCUGAUUUGAAGUGCGCCCGAUACCUCCCACGAAAUGGCACACGAGCUAAGGUUUGCAAAUGCGCGAGCUGUGGAGUACGCACAUGCAGAAAAUGCAAAAAAAGCGCCCACGAGGGACCCUGUCUAUAUAAGCUUGAUGCGCUUCUGGAGGAAUUGGCGGAUUGCAAGCAAUGGCAACGAUGCUCCAAAUGCAGUCGUCUGGUCGAGCUCAGAACAGGCUGUAAUCACAUCACGGGUGCAGCCCUGUCACUGGAUAAAGAGCUUGAACAAAAAGCCUCGUCAAAUCCUAAAAUGCUAGGGAAGAUGUCUGCGGCGCGAGGUGAGUAUGUUAUCUCGGAUGAUAGCGAUGAACGCUUGCUUGAUGAAGGCUUGGAUGAUCAGUAUGAGUGUACAUGUUGUACGGAAAAGUAUCCGCAGUCGGAUAUUAUUCAAACCGAAUGUGCUCACACUUAUUGUCGCGAAUGUAUUGUGCGCCUUUUUGAAAAUGCUCUUGCAAACGAAGCCUCAUUUUCUCCUCGAUGCUGCCGCCUGCCAAUUGCUGCCUCUAUCACCGUCGAGGAUAUGAUAGGCAUUGAGAUUAUGAAGAGAUACAAGGAAAGAAACACCGAGGUCAACGACUGUCAUAGAACUUAUUGUUCAAACUCACCCUGCUCUCGCUAUAUCCCGCCACAGAACAUCCGUCGUGGGUCCUGUGCCGCUCGAACGUGCGCCGAUUGCAAAAGGCAGGGACAUAGAGGUAAUUGCAACCAUCAGAACACCGAGAAGUGUAAGCGUGCUUCUAAGGCAAAGAAGCGUAAGCGUGUUUCUAAGGUCAAGAAGCGUAAGAAUGCUUCCACUGCUAAGAAGCGAGCGCAUGCUUCUAAUGAGGAGAAGGCUAAGCAUGCUUAUGAUGACGAGAUGAAUGAUGAUUUGCUGGAACGCCUAGCAAAUAGGAAGAAGUGGAAGCGAUGUUCAAAGUGCUCUAGAAUGAUAGAGCAUAUCGAGCAUGCACAUAUCGUAGGCCGAAUGCUGCCCCCGUGA